ACCAGGCAAAAACAGCACCGUAAUUUGGAGCUGAGUCCAAACUGUGCGUAAAACCCGUGACAGUGACACUGAGAUAAUAUUUAGGAGGUGUGUGUGUGUGUGAGAGAGAGUGUGUGUAAGAGAGAGGGACCCGCUGUGCGUCCAGAAAGGAUGCAUUAAGGUGCCCCCCUGUCAGGCACCAAUUAAUUUAUCGGAGAGUAAACCAGUUAAAGGGAGGGAGGACAGAGAGGAGUCCGCGGCGGCUCUGGAGAGCCGUCACUUUGUCUGUGUGUAGGCUGCGUGUGUGCGUGUGUGUGUGUGCGGAGAGGGAUUACCAGUACGCGCGUUAUGCGGAGCGCAGUUUUGGUGAUGCAUUCAGUCGGGAGAUGUGCAGCGGGAAGCAGUGAGCGGCAGCCCGGGCAUUCAGCGCAGUAGCAGGAGAAGAAGAAGACGAAGGGGGGAUCCGGCAGGUUUUUUUAUUUUAAGAGGGGGACCCAUCUCUGCGCAUCACAGGAUUUCGACUCGUUGUGUGUUUUAUGAAUUUUUGAUGAUUGCUCCUUCAUUGGUGCAGAGUGAAAGUCAAAGAUGCGCACCACUGAACAAAGGAUUUAGGGGGAAACGAUCUAGAACCUCAUUUUAAUCCUGACACCCCGGUGCGUUUCCGUCCGUGCCCAUUCUGCCUCUGAGGACAACGGACACGGGCUGAAUCACCGGGUCCCUCUGGUUUCACAGCCGGAGAAGGAGGAAUCAUCUGGGCUGAUCGCGUACGAGUCCAUGUGGAUGGAGAGAGAAUACGCAAACACUGCGAGCGGAGCUCAUUCCGAAAUGUGACAUUAUUACUCUCGCAGUCUCCCAUCCAACCUGACAACUGUGCAUCUGCCUUCGUCCUCGAUCGGAUUUGUUUACAUCGAUUAAGAGAUGGCGUUCCUCCCGGUCCUCCUCCUGCUGCUGCUGACUGUUGCUCAUCGUGCCACCGGUCAAGACUCUGAGGACUCUGAGGCUCUCCCAAGAGGCUGCGGCUGGGGCCUUGUCCGUCCCUACACCCUCCUCUGUGACCUGGACUCCAUAUGGGGUGUGGCUGUCGAGUCAGUGGCCGCCGGCGGGGUGCUGACUGCCAUCCUGCUAGCCCUAGUCCUGCUGUGCCGCUUACACCACAUCAGUGAGGCUGAGAAGCGCAGCGGCGUGGGACCCAUCCUCCUUCUGCUCCUCGGCAUCCUCGGCUUGUUCGGCCUGAGCUUUGCUUACCUGAUUGAACAGGACGAGUCUUUAUGUUUGCUCCGCAGGGCCCUGUGGGGUCUCCUGUUUGCCGUCUGUUUCUCCUGCUUGCUGGUGCAGGGUGUUCGCCUGCGCAGGAUUGGCCGUGAGCGCCGGAGCCCUGGUGGCUGCGCCCUAACAGGCCUUGCGCUGGGUUUGAGUGCCGUGCAGGGCAUCAUCGCCGCUGAGUGGCUACUUCUGACCGUGCUGAGGGAGGGACGAGCUGCCUGUCAGUACCUGCCACUGGACUUCUCCCUAGCCUGUAGCUACGUGCUAGCCCUCCUACUAGCCGCGCUGACUGCCGCCUCCCUGGCUCUGUGUGGGAAGACACGUCAGUGGCGCUGCAAUGCCAUCUGGCUGCUGGUGACCUGCCUGCUGUCGCUGCUGCUUUGGGUGGCCUGGGUGGGCUUCUAUCUGUAUGGCAACGCCUGGCUGGGGAGGGCCCCGGACUGGGAUGACCCAGCAUUGGCCAUUGCUUUAGUAGCUCAGGGCUGGCUGCUGCUGAUCUUCCAUGCCAUUCCUGAAUCCCACAUCUGCCUGAGACCCCCUCCACAGCCCACUGCCCCAGAUUACUUUGACACCUCCCAGAACUCGACACGGAUGAGGGAGACCAGCUUUGACGAAGACAUCCCCCUCUCUCACAGGCAGUUUGUGGAGAACCAGGGCUACGGAUACAGCGAUGAGAACACUGCAGGCCUGAGGAGCGGUGGUGGUGCCGGGCAACAUAACAGCAACACAGGCGCCAGACCCAGCGCUCCUUUCCGCAGCAACGUCUACCAACCCACCGAGAUGACCAUGAUCCUGAACGGGGGAGCGGUGAGUACAUCCUCCCAGUCACAGGUGCCCUCCGCCCCUCCAACCUACACUGGGAGGCAGCUGUGGUGAGCGAGAGGAUUGGAAAGAUGAUGUGUGGUAGAAAAUGAAGAAGAGGAUGGAGAGGGUGAGGAGGGAGGGGUCUGGGACGAGGGGCCCGCCUGGUUGGACUUAAAACAUGGAUGCCAACAGGGCCCUUUCACUCUGUGUACAGACUUAAACACUGACUGUGUGCCAAUCAACUAUCGUAUGAGUGUGUGUGAGACUGAGAGGCAGCAAGGUAUGGAGGACAGAGCUAAAGCUCUUCUAGCACACAAAUCUCCAUAGAAGGGUUCGAAAACUCAAAGUGUGACCAGCAAGUAGCAAAACAAGACACGCGCUGACUCAGAUCUGAAAAUAUCAACAUGCAGUAUUGUUCUUCUUUUGUUUGAUUUGCUCCCCUGAGACUAUACAGCACUGUAAGCAUCCUUGGAAAACUGUGAAAUCUAUCGCUUUUUCUUGCUCUGUCUCUCCCCCUGUUAGUCAGGCUGUCUUUUCAUGCUGCUGGCGCUCACGUGGAAACAUUUGGCUCUGUCCUCCAUCCAUCCAGUGUAGGUGAAGACAGCACACGGGCAAACUGUACAGCUCGAGCACCGCCCGCUUUAAAAUAAUCCAGCCUCUGUGGGUGUGUAUGUAGAGUGUGUGAGAGGGAAAAAAAAAAAAAAAGAGUGUGUGUAUUCCCUACAUCUCAACUCUGCCACUCUAAUACACCUUCCCCCUCCAGACUGUUACCCCUCUGUGAACGCUUCUUCUUCCUCCUCCCUCUCUAUUUCUGGUUUCACUGCACCGUCUGUGAAUAUUACACAUAACUCUUCUCACCUUGCCUCAUCCUCCCACCUGCAUGGACACUUUGCAAAAUGUGAAACAAACUGUGAAUCUGCGGUCGGAAAAGAAGCUCCCAGUGACCGCACACGAAGCAAAAGCAGCCCGGAGCACCUGAACAGAGGGAUCGCAAGCUGCUAAUGAACUGCUGUUAUAUAUAUACUGUAUAUACGGCGCAUUAGAGUGGAUUCUGAUUGGACGAGGAGGGUGUCAGUCGUCUGCGGGGAGGCACCGCUUCCAUGAAUCUAGGUCAGACUGCUGUGUGCUGCUCUCCCACAUCUCCGGUGGCCACUGGCGUUUUGAACCAGCCAGGAGAAACUGUCACUUUAUAUCAGCAGGAAACGAAGCGAGAAAACUGAAACUGUUCUUAGCUCUGAACUCUUUCUGUGUUUACGUGUGCGUACGUGUGAUUUUAUGAGUGUCGGGAGUUGACGUGGAGGGGUGGGGGGGGGGGACAUUUCAAAAGUCAAGGUUGCUUUCUGGUGCUAAAUAUCCCUCUGACACAACUUCCUAGUGCGGCACAGAACUACAGGAACAACUGAUGCAGAUACAGCAGUCAAAUCUGUGAGUGACAGGCUAUAGAUAGAGCUGUGGCUGGUGUGCGGAGAUAUCCUAGAGCCUUAGAAAGAUCAGAUUUACAGUGCGAUGUGGAAAGAGGGAGAUCAGAUAUAAGGAAGAAGGGGGAUGGGAGCCAGGAGAUAGCGAGCGGCAGUCCGAGGGGAGUCCAUGCGACAGUGCGAGAUCUGUGUGAGAAAAUGGCUCCCUGGUCUGUGUGUGUGUGUGUGUGUUUGUGCGUGAUGUGUGCGGGCGGCCGCGCUGCUCUGCUCUAUGUGGUUGUCUUCUUUAUCUGGUGAAGUGUCUCUCCCUCCUCCUCCUCCUCCUCCUCCCCUCCUGUCUCCCUGUGGUCGGCUAUAGCUCAAGUGUAGCCCCGUGCCAAGAAGGACUCCUGUUUCACUGGAGUCUCCGUUUCACGCCCUCUCCCUUCAUCACGACACCAGCUCUCUCUCUCUCUCUCCCUUCGCCCGAGAAGCUGUGUACAUAGUAGUGCUGUAAAGCUUUGCUUGCUUCUUUUACUUUUUUCUGUGUUUCUUUUUUAACUGUAGCCUGAGUUUAGACACCAGUGUCACAUGACCCACUGGAGGACUGACUACUGCAAACUGUUUUUAUCUGGGGAUUUUUUUUCAACUGGUUUGCUUUGUUGUUCAUACAUUCGCUUGUUGUUACAUUAAGCUUUUAUUUCUCUAUUGCUGGUGUCUUUUAUUUUUUUUAAAUUAGCAUUUUGGAAAUGUUUUGCCAACACUAGAUAUGCUUUUUUCUGUUUGAUUAAUGUUCAAGGAAAUGAUAUGAGUUGUCAUUUAUAGGUCAGUCGUACCUCCGCGCAGUUUUCUCAGUCAAGACCGAGGUCCACUCUUUGCUGUAAUAGUUACGGGGAUAAAAACAUACUUAUUUUUAUUAUUUUCAGAAAAAAAUGACAAUGCCUGUGAAUAUUUUUUGGCACUUCAUGCAGUAAACAAUGACUUGCUCUCAUAUACUUUAGGGAUAAUUAUAAAACAUGAAGCAGGGAGGCUGUACAACUAACUUCAAGUCCCCCAACAGUCAUACUGGUGACCCCUGGUUUUACAGCAACCUCUAACUAAGAAAAGACUAAGGGUCAGCCCUUGACUGCUGCUGUAUGUUUAUGUCUUAACCACUGGUUAUUCUAAAAUAGGACUGGUACCAGCAGGCCAGCUCCAUGCCCAAAGAGAGCAUGUCCCGCCACGUCAGGCUCUGUUUGGGCCAACCGUGGUCAGAAACAGGCUACGCGCCACAGAAGCGUUUGUCGUAGCCCCAUGAAGAAGAACUGUCCUCAGGGUUUUGGAUGGUCAGCAGUAACCAGACAAAACUCUCAACACUCAGAGCGGAGGGGGGAGGUUUCAGUUCUUGCUAUGUUUUCACUCAGUGUGGAGUACAAAAAAAAACAACAAAACAAAACAAAAAAACAAUAAUAACAUGUGACUUUGUAGAUUUUGCACUUGUCGACUACCUAUCUGUGCAUGCUUAUCACCAUUUCUACAUGUAAGACCUUUCUCAGACGUACUUUUGAAUACUAACUCUAUUUAUGUAAAGGUCAUGUGACAGCAAUCAUAAUUUCAGUGUAUAUCAGAUGACACACUUAAUGUCUGUGCUUUCUUAAACACAAAAAGAGAGCUGGCUCUUGAGAAGCAAAGAGAUUAAAGUCAGGGGGAAAUGGUCCAAAACACGUAUGAUUCCCCAAAAAGGAACAAAUUGCCAUCAUCACUGGACCUAAUGAGAACUAUCUGUGUUAGUUUGAAGACUCGAGGGGGGAAAAAAAAGAGAAUCUUCUGACUGGUAUCGUCUCUGUGUUUAAAAUCAAAUAGACUGUGGUGAAAUUUGCACAAAACUUCUAUAUGUUAAGUUUGUCAUCCCUGGGCAGCCCUCUGAACACCUAUCCUCCCUGGGAUUGACAUGUCCUUGCCUGUCCUCUCCUGAUUUGUCUUGCCUUCAGACUGUUCCAGCGGGGCAGCUGACAGGGGUGAUAUUGGUUUUCACAGCUGUGACUGUGCAGUGACGCAGCAUGCCUAUGUAUAGAACUUGAUUCCCCUGAUUAGAAAAAUAACAAUUAAAAAAAAACAACAACAGUUAACUCUCUUGUUUCUGUAACUGAAUCAGGAAAAAAAUAAGUUCAAUAAAAGUGUCAUGUUUGUAGUUAA